UCAUAGUUGCUAACAAUUUUCUCUAUGAAAGCAAACGCACACAUUGACAGUAUAUCAUGGCGGGAAAAAAUCGACCCCUCAAAAGUGUGCAUCAAUAGCACGUGCGCCUUCCACUCUUUGAUUUUGAAAACUAUUGGCAAUGCGCCUUCGACUGGUAAUUGUGGAUGUUCCCCUAUUUGAAGGUGCAUACCAAUGCAAACUCAAUGGAAGCUAGACAAUGCGAAUCGUGUUUGCGAGAGGAUUCUAAAGUGUGUGCAGAAUUUUAUUGUUUUGAUUGCGAAGAACCGCUGUGCAGUUCUUGUUUGAAAAACCACAAGAAAAAUAAGUUCUUAAUGAGUCACCACACUGUCGAUUUAGAUUUCAUAGAAAUAUUUCCAACCUCUACAUUGUCUAAAAUUACUCACUGUGCUAAGCAUGGCGAUGGUAGAGUAGAUUUGUUUUGCACCGAUCAUGAAGCUUUAUGUUGUCGCCAUUGUAUGACAGAAUCGCAUAGAUCAUGCAAAUCGAUACUGCCGAUCGAUAUCGCAGCCCGAGAGAUUAGAUCGUCACCUUUGUCGUCCAUGCUUACACAAGAUUUAACAUUGUUUCUGCAAACUUUGAAUACUUUAAUUACUAAUAGAGAAGAAACAGGAAAAACUUUCGAAAAAGAUGUUGAGGAAAUUAGAAGCCAGGUGAAAAGUUUCAAAGGCCAAGUAAUUGAUCAUGUUGAUCGUCUCGAAAAAUCAAUUAUCGAUAAUUUGCAAGAUUUCUGCGUAGAAGAAAAGGAAGGUUUACAACACGAAAAAGAUUACUUGUUAAACACGCGGAAAUCAUAUCAUAAGAGCAAGAGUGAUUUAGACGUUGUUAUACAGCAUGGGUCAGAUUCUCAAAUUUUCUUAUUUGCACAUAACUUAGCACAUCGACUUGCAAAUGACGAAACACUUAUUCAAAGCAAAGCAAUGAUGUACAAAGACGUGAGUGUGGAGUUCAAACCAGAGAAUGGAUUACAAGACUCAAUUCAAUCGAUAGGAACAUUGAAUAUAUGUAAACAACCAUGUCUAUUAAGAUCUUUCUCACAAAACAGACGACAAGCACAGGUGAUAACAAGACCUGUUGAAACCAAAACUCAGUUUUUGUACAGGUCUCAAAUAGACAUUUCUGUUUCAGAAAAUGUACAAAUCACUGCUAUUGCUGUAACCAAUGACAACCGACUAAUCUUAUGCAAUCGCUAUAGCAACCGUUUGCUUGUUUAUAGCGACAGUGGGAAAUUUUUGCAAGACUGUACUUUAUUUUGCAAACCAUGGGAUAUCGCCAUUUUACCGGAUGGAAAUCGAGGCGUUGUAACUCUUCCGUUGGAAAAUUCUAUACAGUUUCUUAACAUAUCGAACAUGACUACGGACAAAGAACAAAUAAGUAUUCAUAACAAAUGUCAUGGUGUCGCAGUCGUGUCGAACUUUAUCGUUGUUGGUGCAAAUAGGGAACUGUACAUUCUGGCAAUGGACGGAAGCAUAAGAACACGUGUUCAAGUCCCCGGACAAUUGAUUUAUUUUCUACAUGGCGGAGACAAUAAUUCAGUGUACUAUACAGACUACCAUUGUCUCUAUCACGUUGGUCUGGACGGUGAGGAAAUAUUUCGCUACGAUAAUCCGGACUUAAAAGUUCCGGAAGGCAUAGCAAGAGAUAAUCAAGGAUAUUUGUGUGUUAUUGGUCGAGGCUCACAGAACGUACAUCGCGUUGGUGAUAAUGGGCGUGCUAUUGACAUCGUACUCAAUAGGGACGAUGGUGUUAUUUUGCCUUGGGCUAUCACAUUUAACAAUAAGGGAACAAAAGCGUUUAUUUCUACACACGAUGGAAAGUGUAUAUCAGUGUACGACAUUCACAUAUAUACCAAACAAAAGGGAAUUUUAAACAACUGAACUAAUUUUGCGUGUUUAUAUAUAGUAUUUCCAACAUUGCUUUCGAGACCUUUUUUAAAUGUCCUAUUAAAUGUUAGAAUGUAAUAAAAGGCAAAAUUUCAAAAGUUCUUCAACAAAAAAUUCAAACGUUUAUUUCUUUUAAAAUGAAAACACUGGAACAGAAGAUUAUUUUUCAGCAACAAAGUCAUACACGAUAUUAAUAUAUUAUGAAAGAAAUUAGUGGUUGUUCGGAAAACUCUGUAAAUUAUUACGUGUUGAGUUUCAUUUUUUGUGAAUUAAUGACUCAACCUGAUCAUGUUUAUUGAGAUUGGAAUUGAUACUUAUUUUCUUUAAUUGUGCUCCUUGAUAUUUUCUGUAAAUAAACUCAUCAUAGAUACCAGGACUAAAUUUUGUUCCUACGCAGACUCAUCAGUGACGAUCGAAUCAACAUUUUUUU